CCUAUAUCCCCCAAAUGCCACGCCAACCCCUUCCCCCACUUAAGGUAUCGCUAUCCCAACCACCACGAUCUCCCUAAGCUACCGCAUACGUUAGCUAUCAUGACUAUCGCGCCCCAAUUUCGUAUCACUGCAGUGCCAGGUUAUUUCCUCCAAGAUGACCCGACCACUGAUCCCGACACCUUCGACUACGUCAAAUCAGACUUCGGCCUCAUCCAACAGCAAUACUCCCAAGACGGUCAAGACCUCCCUAAUGCCCAAACCGGCAGCCAAUGGCAGCGUUUCGCCGCACACAUCCAGCGCCUCAACGCCGCCAACAAGGACCAAAAGCUGAAAGUACUCUUCCUCGGCCGUCACGGCGAGGGUGUGCAUAAUGUCGCGGAACGGAAAUACGGUACUAAAUUAUGGGAUGAUUACUGGUCCCUCCAAGAUGGAGACGAAGACGGUAACUGGGUCGACGCCCGUCUAACGGAAACAGGCAGAGGCCAGGCGGCUAUUGCAAAUGCAGCUUGGAAACAGCAGAUAGAUGCCGGCAUCCCAUUGCCGGAGAGGUAUUAUGUUAGUCCGUUGAAUCGGUGUCUUGAGACGGCGCAGAUUACGUUCAAUGGAAUUCAGGGGCCUUUUCAGCCUGUCAUCAAAGAGCUUCUCCGUGAGACGAUGGGACAGCAUACAUGUGACAGGCGCUCACUGGCAUCGGAAAUCGCAGAGCAGUUCCCCGAGUAUCGUUUUGAAGAUGGGUUCUCGGAGGAGGAUUUGUUGUGGGAUGCUGAGGUGCGGGAGUCGGAUGAGCAGAGGAAUCAUCGGCUGAGGUGUUUGUUGGAUGAUGUUGUGAAUGAUGAGAGUACUUAUAUCUCGUUGACGGCGCAUUCUGGUGCUAUUACUAGUGUUUUGGAGGUUGUUGGGCAUCGGCGGUUUGCGUUGGCGACAGGUGCGGUGAUUCCUGUGCUUGUUUCUGUGGAGAGGAAUACUCCUUCGUCGUUGUAG